ACAACCCCGCUACUCUUGCGCCCCUCUAUGCCCAGGGGUAAUUUACUUACAGCAUCCCUAGUCCAUGCAUGUUUAUUGCACGCGCCUACUAGCGCACUCUCAGCCAAUGGGUUAUGGCCUUUAUGUAACCGGCUCGAUCCAUCCGGUCCCUGUCUCGCGCUAUAGAUCGGCGUCUUCGGUCAUCUCGGUUAAUUCGCCUCGGUAGACCAGGGAGGCAAUGGGCUGGAGCCCGGGGGUUUUAAUCGAGGAAUAACCUAGAAGUCUGAGGGCGUUUUGUGAAUGGGGACUGAGCCAAUCAUCUGGAGAGUACGAAUCACCGAGGAUGUUUAAUUGGGCCUCAAGCCAAUCGUUAUCGAAGGCAAAUGACGUGGUUCCAUCUGUCAAAGCCUUCAUUUGCGAUUGGGGGAUUGUGGCAUGUUUUCGCGCUGGCGAUGGACCCGCCAAGGCUUAUCGGUGGAUUCCCUCGGGAGAGACAAACUGGCAGAUUAGACUAGGGCAAGACAUGGAUGGAUCGAAUGUCGGAUUGUGGACAUGGAGGAAUCAAAAACCAGGUCCUCGACCGGACACUGCGACCAGUCCAGCAGCCAAGAGCGAUCGAACCACCCAGGUUGCCCUUGCGGAGAUUGCCUCCGACAGCCUCGGGUUCCAGAGUAAGACCAGGCCUCCUGUCUCGGAUGAGGCCAAGCCGCCGCUGCCACAACUGGGCUUGGCAGGGUGCUUGCCUCGGCGGAUCAGAGCGAGCCAGACUAGCCAGACGUUGUCGAGUGGAGGCGGAAAGCAUUUAAGAUGAAACGUCGCGGCUUGGCAGGCUCCGCUCUGUGAUAGCGGGACGAUGAUAGAUUGAGUCUUGACCCUGAGCCCUGAGUUGGUUGUCCUGAUAUAAGACCCCCUCACUGCAGUUCC